AUGAAUCUGGCAAACUACUCGUACUACUCUGGCAUGUGCAACAUGACCGCCGAGGCGCAGCACUCUCCCGGAGAGGUCAGCCCGGUGGUCCUGUCCCCCAACAUCAGCCUGGACUCGCCGCUGCCCCCCUUGAUGCUGCAGGCCCGCUCCAAGGACGGCGUCCUGAUCAAGUCGGAGCCGCGGGUGAACAGCCCCGGCGCCGAUGACGGGAUCGUGCUGGGCCAGACGGAUCACGAGCACCUGCCCACCGGCAGCCGCCGCAGGAAGAGGCCGGUGCAGCGGGGAAAGCCCCCCUACAGCUACAUCGCCCUCAUCGCCAUGGCCAUUGCCAACUCCCCCGAGAGGAAGCUCACCCUGGGGGGCAUCUACAAGUUCAUCAUGGAGCGCUUCCCGUUCUACAGGGAGAACUCCAAGAAGUGGCAGAACUCCAUCCGUCACAACCUGACUCUCAACGACUGUUUCGUCAAGAUUCCAAGGGAGCCCGGCAGACCGGGGAAAGGCAACUACUGGACUCUGGACCCCGCCGCCGAGGACAUGUUCGACAACGGAAGCUUCCUGAGGAGACGGAAGCGCUUCAAGCGCACCGAUGUGAGCACCUACCCGGGUUACAUCCAGAGCUCCAGCGCCUUCACGCCCACCCCGAUGGGCAGGCCCCCCUAUGCGAACAACCUGUACGCGGGGAUCGGCUCCGGCUCCGGCUACGGUCCCCAGCUCGCGGCCUCGUCCCAGCACGCGACCAUGCUGCAUCACUACCAGACGUCCGCCGGGGUGUGCCAAGCGCAGCCCCGCAUGUUCAGCAUCGACAACAUCAUCAGCCCCCAGACGCUGGGGGAACUCAACCCGCAAGCUCUGCAGGGCCUCAGCGCGGGCGACCUGGCCGCCGUGACCUCCAGCUGCUCGGUCACCGGGGCUGACCCUUCGGCCUGCUUCCAGACCCAAACCAUCAACCAGUCCGCCAACAUGUUGAGCAGAAACAGCAACAUCCCCUCCUACCCUUAUUCCUCCCCGGCCUCGCCUCCCAACCUGACCGGCAUGGCCCAGUCUGGGUUCUCCCCCGGCAGCUCUCAGAUGUACUGCCCGAGCAACAGGCUCUCUCUGCCGGCUCUGCGGCCGAGCUCCUGCGCGGAGCACACGGAGCAGCUGCUGGGCCUCUCGGGCCCCAUGAACACUUACAACAACUCGUACAUGAGGCAGGCCAACUUUGCACCGGGACUGGAGCGAUACAUGUGA